GUCACUCUGGACACACCGCGCGCCCGGCCCUCCUGCCUCGCCUCACGACCCCCGCACCUGCCACCCCGGGGGAGGCACGUGUGUCGUCCUCGCGAGGGCCAGCAGUGGAGGUCGUUGGUGCGCGGACGUGUCGCCGAGAAUGGCACUGCUCUGUUGGUCACUAAUAAACUAGUCAAUUAAUAUGCAAAAAGGGUUAAUCGUUUAUUGACAAACUGUUAUUAGUUGCAACAAAUGUUAGUGUGUCGGCGCGUGUGACGUGAACAGUGAGUGAAGCGUGACUCGUUGACGGGACGAACGGUGUAUUACCAUUGGCUGAAGUAAUUCACGAACAGCAAACAAUUGAGAGACCAAGAGACCAAGCUCCGUCUCGUGGUUGAGGUGUGUACACGCCAGCGAGACCUGGCGACACACUCCACCGCCUCCCUCGUGCUAGCCGCCAGGGCCCGCGGGGGUGUGCGUUGUGACGGGCGGCGGGGAGCGGCGCGCGGCGGGGCCCCUCGACUGCUGCCACCGGCGGGAGGGAGGAGGCACGGCGCGGUACGGCGACAUGUCCCGGAGGAAACAGGCGAAGCCGCGUGCCCUCAAACGUGAGGAGUGGGAGGAGGGAGAAGAGGAGGACGAAGACGACACUGAGGAGAUGGAGACAACGGAGGAAGGGGAGACUGGUGUUGGCGCUGGGGGUGAAGGGGGAGCGGGAGUAGGAGGAGGAAGUGAAGGGGAUGCCUCCGUCUGCUCCAAAGACAACUUCACCAACGGAACCGUGGAGGCGGGGGAGGGCGGCCCGACCGCAGGGCGUCCUGGCGCGGAGCGGGAGGCAGACAGCGAACAUGAGCACUCCUCUAGCAGCGGCCCCGCCAAGGACGCCCGCCGGAGGGGAGGCCGCAGGGGGCACCACCGCUCCCCAUCCUCGUCCCUCACCCCACCCCACGCCCCCGGCACCCCAAUGGACCACACCGCCCCCUCCAACACCACCCACCACCCUCCCCUCAUCCCCGACACCCUCCCGCUCUCACAGCUGCCUGACCUGCGCAAGCUAAGAGAACGAUCCGACGACGAGGAGAGCGUGGGAUCCCUUGACUCAGGUAAGUGUUCUCCCUCCUCGUCAUUUCCAUCUUUCUCUUCCUCAGCUUUCAUAGAGGAAAGUCUACUGAUCCAUUCCAGGCGAUGUAGUACAGACGUUGGCCGCGGGGUUUCUUCUCAGGGUCAUCCGCCAAAACCCUCCUGCAGAAGUAGUAAGUUUAAAACCCAUCAACUCGCUUAA